AGGAAAAAGGUUCGUGUAUUUGACUUGAGAAGAUAAACUUCCUUUAACACGUCUGAACGAUUUUAGUGCAUUUAUAUCGGUUUUUCACUGAAAUUAAACGUUUUACCUAACUUAUCUACUCAUUAAUUACUAAAAUGAAAUUAAGUGGCCAAUUAAUAGUUUUAGCAGUGUUCAUUGUUGUAGUAUCAGCAAGAAUAGACCCUAAAAACUUGAAGUGUUUGGUAUGCCGGACGACCUUCGAGGAACUGGAUAAGGCGAUUAAAAAUGUUGAUAAGUGGAAAAAAGUUGAUGUGGGUAACUUCAGGAUGGAUGCCAGCGGAGACACAAUGCAAGAUAAAGUGCCAGCGCACAGAUCUACCGUCUACAUCUCCGAGAUGAUUGAUGACAUCUGCAAGAAGAUGGACGACUACGUCCGCGUAUACUACAAGGCGACCGGCAAGCUCGAGAUCAUGCAGCUGAUGACCGAAGCCGGCGGGAUGAACCCGGAGUUCAGCAAGACCAAGUUUGUCACCGAUGAUGACUUGAACAAGAGUUUGGAGUACUAUUGCGAGCGUAUGUUCGAAGAGAAUGAGGACGAGAUCACCUCGCUGUACAAGCAUCGGCCGCAUGAUGACGUCAUGCCAGACGCGCUCAACGAGAUCUGCUUCAAGCACACAAAAUACUGCGAGGACUGGAUGCUGCCGACCGAGGAAGAUACCACCUGGACGGAGGAGAUGGAGAGGGAAUACAUUAAGAUCCACGGCCCGGACCCGUACGGUUUCAACAUGGGCGGCAUGGGUGGCAUGGGCAUGGGCGGCAUGGGCAUGGGCGGAGCGCCCGAGAUGCCCGACGGUCUUGGAGACGAGCUGCCGGAGGACCUCGAGGACUUACCGGGGGUUAAAGAUGAGCUGUAGACUGUCACCAAUAGCAAAUAUACCAUGGUUAACCUUUUGGACGCCAAUGACCGAUAUAUCCGCACCGCAGGUCUAACGCCAAAGACGGAUUAAUCGGUCACAGACCACAGAGCAACAUAUACCAACGUGCAUGUGCAUAAAGUUCAAUUUCAGUUUUGACACUUCGGUGACGUGGCGUCCGAGUGAGAGCUGUUGUAUUUAACACGGCGUCGAAAAGGUUAAACUGUGUGCGUUUAUUUUUUUUUAAACGUAUACAGAUAAUACUUACCAGUCUAUACUGAAAAUCGUAAUUCAAGACCAAAAAAAGUAAGCCAAUGUUGCCACUGCAAUAAUUGGUUUGUAAAAUAGUAAAUUUCUUUUUAUAAAUAAACACGCUAAGAUAAUUUAUUUAUUGGUGAUUUUACUUCUACGAUUUAAAAAAGUACUUUUAUUUAGUUUUACAUAAAUGCAAGACGCGCUAGUAAAAAAUGGGCAACAUUGUCUUACAUUUUUUGGUCUUGAAUUACGAUUUUCAGUAUAGUUUACGAAGCCUUUUAGAAUUAAGAAGCAAACUUGUCAAACGGGUUAUUAUAUCCUUGUUAUUACGUGUCCAUCUUGUAUUGUGUAUAUUUCUAAAACAUGACAAUAAUUUAAACCUACGUAUGACUAAGCACUGAUCAGAUCAGUUAAUUUAAGUAAACAUAUUGUAUUAAAUAAUGGAUUUAAAUUCAUACGCACUGAUCACAUGCGAAGGGUUAAAGAAAAUAUUUAAAAAUAUAUGUAAGUAUCUAUUACCUAAAUAACUUUGAACUGAUUGUAAACUUCAAGUAUUUUACAUUCCAAUUGUACUAGUAAGAAAAAGUCUAUUAAAGAAAUGUACUAAAUUAUUUGUCUUCCAAGCUAAAAUGACAAAACGCCUAUUUUAACAUAUUCACUGCCAGCGACCCGGGUUCUAACUAGAGAUGCACCAGAUAUCCGGUUACUAUCCGGUGUCCGGCCUAUCCGGCCAUUAUUUUCCUAUCUUGCCGGAUACCGGAUAGUAACAUUGCUCGAUUUCGGAGUAAACAAAUUGACACGGUCAUAAUCGUACUUGUUUAUUAUUUUAAAACAAUUUAAUAAUUCCAUUGACUUGCACGCGCAUUCAUUUCGAACCUAGAAAUGAGUCCGCGCGAACGUUCACUAGGAAACAGGUCAAACCUGCAGAAUGCGCACCUGAAAAACCGAAAUGUAGGUAUAGUUCCGCUGGCCGAAUAUCCGGCGGCCGGAUACCGGAUAUUCGGUUGAUGGUCAGGCCGAAUAUCCGGUAUCCGGCCAAACAACUAUCCGUUGCAUCUCUAGUUCUAACACAUUCACUGCCAGCGACCCGCGAGGCGGGUUCUCUCUUCGUAGGCGCUUUUCGCUACAUACGGGUUUUCCCAUGUUAUCGGCUACGCUCGUAGUGCGUAGCUCGGGCCGGCACUGAAUAUGUUAAGUGUUUACAUUUAAAAAUUCGUUUUCACAAAGUCUAUAGUUCGUUUUUUUAGCAUUAGAAAGAAGUUGCAAGGAGGUAAGCGAUCUUGACAUGUCUUUUAAUUGAAAAACGCUUUUUAAAAAUCAAAAACUAUUAAUUAUGAAAGCAGAAGAACAUAAAUGAUCGUAUUAGAUUCAUAAUUGUUACAUAUUUGCCGUAAACUAUUUUUAAAAUGUGUUUUAAAUUAAAAGACACGUCAAGAUUGUUUACCUUAUUUCUAAUGCUAAAAAAACGAAGUAUAGUUUGAUAAUUAUAUCACAAAGUGUCUUAAUUAAGUUAAGCUAGAAAAAUAUACAUACCUAUACACAGAUAGUGUAAAAGGUUCAAAAAGACAAUAAUAGUCUUGAAGUUGAGUGAAGAUUUAUAGUCCGUUUUUUUUAG